GUAAAAAAGAUCAUAACAAUAAUAUUUGAUAAUAGAAGAUUAAAUAGAGAAAUCCUUCUAGAUCAAUUAUGAAAUUUAAAAAUGAGUAUUUACCUUAAAACUAGCUACUCCCAAGUCCCAAAUGACCCAAUGUACGGUUUCGAGAAAAAAAUGUUCACUCCCUCGUUUCCUCUCCCCAUCUUUCGGUGGAAGUUUCACCUGAACAAAUCUAUCGCAUGAGUAAUUUAUUGUCCCAAGAAAUUCUACUCCACUCGAGUCAAUCAGUGUACAUAAUCAUCAAAUAACAGUCAAGAUAAGGUCUUUCAAUGUCUCUGUGGCUCUGUACAGAAGUCCCUUCCCUUCUUCAAUCAAUGGCCGCCAGCACUCAUACAGGCAAGUUUUUUCUUACCUAUUUGCUCAUAUUUUCUGCUUUCCUUCGUAUAUCCUUCGUCAAUUCGGAAUUGGAAUCGGAAUCGGACUCAGAAUCAUCCCUUAUGAUUGAGAAAGAUAAUGAAAAUGAAGAAAAGUAUGAACCAAUACCCGAUGCUCUAGAUGUGCUAAACAGACACCAAGAACAACUAGAUAAGCUCGAGGGGUUAGUGAAAGAUCUAGGUAAAUUGGUGGUCAGAUUGGAAUCAAGAUUCUCGGAUUACCCAGAUGCUAGAAGUUUAGAAACUGCAAAACCCAGUGUUGGAAACUUACCCAAAGCUAAUUUUGAAGAGAACUUUGAAGGGAAUGCGAGAGAUUUCAGUGAUUCUUUCAAGGAGAAAUCUGGGGAGAAAGUUGGAGAGAAACUGCUAGCUGUUUCGGUUACAAAGUACAGUCCUUUUUGGUCUGAGAGGUUUAAAUUCCUCUCUGCCGUGAGAGUUGAUUCAGAUGCUACCUGUAUCAAUGUGUUGCCUUUCAAAGAUACUGACACCAUGAGCAAGUAUGUUGCAGUUGGAGAUUCUCGGGGUCAGAUUUACAUGUUCUCAAGAAACGGGGAUGUUUUGGUUGAAUUUAAAACAGCAUUAGAUGAUCCAAUCACUGCUCUUGCAUCAUUCUUGACACUUCACAAGAACGAGAGCGUUUUACUUACAGCUCAUAAGAAUGGUGUAAUUUUAAAGCACAGAGUUUGGGAGGUGGUGCAGAACGGGGAGGAGUGGCCUUCGCUUCGCAUAGAAACUGUUGGGAGGUUUGAGUCACCAGAAACCGGGGAAGGUGGGUCACCAAUCACUAGUUUGGAAGUGCAUCAUAUGGGGAGGAAUAGGUUUGUCUUGUCAGUAGAUUUGGACGGUAAUCUUAGGGUCUUUAGGGAGAACGGGUCGGUUUAUGGGUUGGCAGUGCCCAAAAGCAGACCACUCGCGUUCUUGAAACAAAGGCUUUUGUUCCUAACUGAAACGGGUGCGGGUUCGUUGGACUUGAGGACAAUGAGGGUCAGGGAGUCUGAAUGUGAAGGCCUAAACAACUCCUUGGCUAAAACAUAUGUUUUGGAUGCCAUUGAAUGGUCAAAAGCAUACGGCUUUACGUCCGAAGGUGACAUGAUCCAUGUUCUCUUCUUAGGAGAUAUAAUCAACUUCAAGUGCCGGGUCAGAUCCAAGAAGAAGCUGGAAGUGGGCAUGAACGAACCUCUUGCGUUUCAGGCCAUUAAAGGUUAUUUGCUCAUAUCUAACUUGGACAAGGUCUGGAUAUACAACGUGUCGUCUCAGCAAUAUGUCCGGACCGGUGGGCCCAAACUAGUUUCCUCUACAGGCCUUGAUGAGGUCAUGAAUUUGUUUCUCAACCACCAAUCCGCCGAUUUGGACCAUCAAAACAAGAAAAUGCUAACCCCACUUCUAGCUAGUGACCGUGAAAAGCUUGUCAUACUGGGGACCGGAAAUGGUUAUAUAGCAAUGUACCAUUCUAGCCUUCCAGUUAUCAAGAAUGAGUUUAACACCAUGCUAUGGACGAGUCCUGUUUUGCUCUUUAUCCUCUUUCUCUUUGGGGCGUGGCAUUUUUUUGCCAAUAAAAAGGAAGCGCUCACAUCGUGGGGCCCGGACGAUCCAUUUAGUUCCACUUCCGAUGGAACGACGCUGGGAUCUGAUAUAAUGGAACUAAGGAACGGCAGUUUAAGAGGAUCUGCUGGAAGGUUUGGGCCUCAAUCGCAGUUCCAAAAUUCUAGACCGUCUUCGGUUGAUCAAAGUUUUAGGGCUUCACCGGAACUGAAAUAUAGGGGCCCAAACCUUGACAACACUUCUGGUUUCCCGAAAAGAAGGGAAGGCAUUUUUGUCAACAGCCCAGUCAUGGACGAUAGCUGAAAGUGUGAUUUUUGAAGUAUACUGGUUGGUCCUAAUGCCAAAUGAAAGGUGUGUUUGGUUUGAAAACUGCAUAGGAGCCAACAUCUUAAUUGUUGAGCUACACACACACACACACUGUUAGUGUUAAACAGAGUGAUUACUGCUUCAGCUUAAUCUGUGGUUGACUUUCACAGUUUGGGGAAGGAAUAAAGAAGGCUUUUGAGCAUGGCUCUUUGCUGUCUUGAUGAAGUUCCUAUCCAGUUUUCAGUAAAACUUUCUUAUACUGUCAAUCUAUUUAUAUACACUUGUGAGAGAUUUUACACUAAUCUUUCCAGUUUGAUGCUCAGGGUUUUGUAUGAACAUUUCAUUCAAUUUAAUAAAACUCCUUAAAAACGUGUUUGUUAUUAAAUGAUUGAAACUGUGUGUACGAUAAACUCUUGAACAAUCU